CACGUCUCUCCUCGAGGGUGUGCGCGUGCGCAACCGGGGGAAGCCUUUGCACCGUUGGGAGAGCGCAUGCGCGGCAGGAGAGGCAGCCGGAUUGAGACACUAUGGCCGUGGGGCCCGGGAUGUCGCUGCUGCUCUCCUCGCUGCUCUCGCUGCUGCUCUUCGCCGGGAUGCAGAUGUACAGCCGGCAGCUGGCCUCCAGCGAGUGGUUGACCAUCCAAGGAGGCCUCCUGGGCUCCGGGCUCUUCAUCUUCUCCCUCACCGCUUUCAACAACCUGGAAAAUCUGAUUUUUGGCAAAGGCUUCCAAGCCAAGAUCUUCCCUGAAAUUAUUUGCUGCUUGUUGCUGGCUUUGUUUGCAUCCGGAUUGAUCCAUCGGGUCUGUGUCACUACCUGCUUCAUCUUCUCCAUGAUCGCCCUUUAUUACAUCAACAAGAUCUCCUCCACGCUCUACCAGUCGGCCGCGCCGGUGCCGGUGCCCACCAAGGCGGUCAGCAAGGGCCGGAAGAGGAACUGAGGCCAAAGGGACCAAGGAGGAAAGGGAUUGGAAGGGGGAAACACAUGGAAAGCCAUUCCAUCUCAGCUAUAUAUCCCAUAAAGGGUGUUUUUUUGUAAAAACGAAAAA